AAGGAGGGAGCGGCCAGCAGGGGGCGCCCGUCGACACGGAGGGGUAUUUAUGACUGGUAAUAUUCACCAUGAAAUAUUCCCAGCAAUGCUUCCUCUCCAAAAGAGUGCAACACACACCGUUCCUCUACCGGGUAGUGCUUUCUGUCCCACUGGGUUGUUUUUGGGGUGUUAGAAGCCGGGGUUUAGAUUUUCGGGGGACCUGUUAUUUAAAAAAAAAAACCUUUUAAAAUGCACUGAUACAAUUUGUGUCGAGAGUUGUUUGGCGGAUUACCACCCACAUUUGACAGCACUGUGCAAAAGUUUAAUAACGGCAAAACUAUUCAUGUAUAACUCUACCUAACAAGUUCAUACUACACGUUGUAUUUUAAGACACACAGUAUAGUGUUGAAGUAAACCAUGUCAUUUAAGAAGAAGCACAGCGAGAACAAGUGAGUUUAAAUGAAUGAUGGAGAAAAGCUGGUUCGGCCAUGAAUUAUGCAAAGGAGUUUAAAUCAGUUCCCUUUAAUGAACCAACCUGUGACGUCAGGCGUUAAGGUCAGGUAUAAAAAGUCAGAGGGAUUACGUUGACGCAACGGUUCCCUCAGUCGCCCCCCGUCGCUCUCCUCCUCACGUCGCCUCGCCGACCUCCACGUGGCAGGUGUGUUUUCUCACAGGUAAUCCGCGGGACAGGUAAACUGAGUCUAAGCGACCUUUUUUCGCUCUACUUGAGCGAGGGGAUGCCCUGCCUCGACUCCGACGCGCGGGAGUCCGCGGAGCCCGACGGAGCGACGCCCGGGGCGGCCUCCGCGAGGUCCUUCCGCGGGGAAACGGUGAGCGAGCCGCCGGCGGUCCGCGGGACGGGCUGGUUCUUCUCCCCGCAGUGGAGCCCCCGCUCGAAGACGCGCGAGGGGAGGUUCGGAGACGGCCUGAGGCGCGACCAGGUGGAGGCGUGGCUGGACGACCACUCCGACUUCACCAGGGACUACUUUUUACGCAGGACCUCCGCGGUCAGUGGGGCCCAGUCUCCGCUGCCCAGGAUUCCCAGGAGAAGCUCGGACCACGCCGACAUGCUCAGGCCGGCUCCUCGACGCAGAUCUUCCUCUCCCCCGGCCGACCCGCACUUGAACAUUUCCUCCCUGAUGGACAGGCUCAAGCCCCUCGCCUCCAACCCCGAGUGGGAGGAUCCCUUCAGCCCGGACGUACCGGGCCAUCACUCCCCACUCUCUCCCCUCUCUCACCGUUCGUCCCGCUUCUCCUUUUCCCCCUGCCGUCCUCUCUCUCCCAUUUGCUCCCCCGACUUGCCCCACUCUCCUCCCCCAGCUGAACGCGACGCGGCAUGUGGCCGUGGGGAGUGUUGCCCAUGGGCCACGGAGCUCCUGAGAGGGGGCCUUGGUCGGAUGGGCUCUGUGGCGGAGCUCUGCCGGGGGGCUGCCCUGCACGCUGGGGAGCUGCUGGCGGCCGAGUGCUGCUGCCUCUCUCUGGUGAAGAAAGACUGCGACGGGAAGAACACCUUAGAGGAGGUGGUCGCCCUCUGCAGCCGCGCGCACCCGGGUCUGGUGAAGGGCGUCAUGGGACGCGUGCUGGCCGCGGGGUCACCCGUCAACCUGAGGGGCGCGUCAGAGGACCCCGGGUUUCACUUUGAUGAGGUCGAAUCGUCACAGAUCAGGAAUGUUUUGAGUGUUCCGAUCAAGAACCACACCAGAGAGGUGGUAGGUGUGGUGCUAAUGAUUAACAAGAGGAACGGCUGCGAUGGAUCUGCUUCCGGUUUCACCCACGUGGAUGAAAAGGUGCUGUUGAAUCACAUGGAUGUGUUGGGGAUGGUCCUGGAUAACGUGCAGCUGUAUGAAAGCUCCAGACAGGAGGCCAAACGCAGUCAGGCCUUGGUGGAGAUGGCACAGGUGUUGUCGAAGGAGCACCUUUCCUUUGAGGUUCUGCUCAGUAAGAUGGCCGCCACCAUCAUGCCCUUCACACAUGCUCAGUACUGCACUAUCUUCAUCCCCAGCGAGCAAACCUCAGCUGUGGAAGACCAGGCGGAGUUCUCCAGAGUGAUCCACCUGGAGUGCGAGGAGCUCGGAUCAACCUGCCAGAUCUACAGAAGGGAGCGGGACUUUGGAGAUUUAGACCCGUCCAAUGCUUUAAAAACUCUGGCGUGCAAAAAAACGCUCAACAUGUCGGACGUUUCCGAGGCGUCGAUGAACAGCGCCAUCUGCUGCCCCGUCAGGAACGAGAUGUCAGAAAAUGUCAUCGCGGUGUGCCAGCUCACUAACAAGAGGAGCAGGGACUCCGAUGAGGCGGAAGCCUUUAACAGGUACGACCAGCGCCUGCUGGAGGACCUGGCGGUGUACUGCGGCCUGGCGCUGCAGUACGCGCAGGCCGUGCAGAUCACCGAGGAGCGGAGGGCCAGUAUAGAAGUCACGCAGGAGGUUCUGGCCUACCACAUUACCGCGGCGGAGCAGGAAAUCCAGGCCCUGCAGGAAGCUGCGAUUCCUACUGUGGAAUCCCUGCGACUCCUAGACUUCCACUUCUCUGAUUUCGGUCUGCCAGAGGAGACGACCUCCCAGGCCACCGUUCGCAUGUUCCUGGACCUCAAGUUGGUGCAGGAUUUCAACAUCGAUUACAAGAGUCUCUGCCAGUGGGUCCUGACUGUGAGACGCGGCUACAGGAACAACGUGCCUUAUCACAACUGGAACCACGCACUGAGCACCGCCCAGAGCAUGUUCGCCAUGCUCAUGGCCACAGACCGCCUCCAGACCAUCUUUUCCCGCCUGGAGAUCCUGGCGCUGAUGAUCGCCACCCUGAGUCACGACCUCGACCACAGAGGAUACAGUAACUCGUACAUAGAAAGGAGCCAACAGCCUUUAGCUCAGCUGUACGGACACUCGUCUCUGGAAAGGCACCACUACAACCUGUGCCUCUUCAUCCUGAACAACACAGGGAGUCAGAUUCUCAGCAGUCUCUCUGCUGAAGACCACAGAGCUGUCCUACACAUGAUCAAAAGGGCAAUCCUCGCCACCGACCUGGCCGUCUACAUGGAGAGAAGGAAGGAGUUCUUUUCUCUCACCAAGAAAAGUAGAGUGAGCUGGAAGAGUGAGAAAAAACGAGAUUUACUCAGGUCGAUGUUGAUGACAGCCAGCGACCUCUCUGCCAUCACGAAGCCUUGGCCCGAACAAAAAAGGGUUGCUGUUCAUCUGAAUACGUUCUUAUUUUAUCUCCGUGUCAUUUUGAACUCCUCACAAGCCUUCGCCUCACUCUUCUUCCUGAAACAGAUCGCCAACCUGGUUACCAUGGAGUUCUUUGCACAAGGGGACAAAGAAAAAAAGGAGUUCAAAAUCAAACCCAUUGACAUAAUGAACAGGGAGAAAAGCACUCGACUGCCAUACAUGCAGGUGGAAUACAUCAACGACAUCUGCUAUCCACUCUACAAGGCGGUAUCGAGGCUGUUUGACUCCUGCUCCCCACUGCUGAGAGGCUGUAGGAAGAACCGGGAAAACUGGAUCCACUUUGCUGAGACUGCAACGGGAAAGGAGUGUAAUAAUAGUUGUUGUGUAACCGUGGGAACGCAUCUAAACGCAGAGGAGGAGACGCAGGCGGAGGAAUAGGGGACGAUGCACAGGAUGAAGACACAAAAGGAACUUUGCCCAGCUGUUUGUUACUCCAUCCUCUCUUGGACACAUGUGGACUAAAUGCCUGCAUAUGGACUGACAUCAGUACUCUGCUUAAGUGUACAAUGCUGCCAAAGUGGCCGAAAGCAUAUCCAAUAUCAGACCUGUCAGUAGUCCCACUCCUCACAUAAGUAACACUGAUUCAAUAAGUUCUUUGGGAUGAAGGAUGAGAGAGAAAAAAAGGGUUUUCAUAUAAUUACAGUAUCCACCGUCUUUCUGUGGAGUCUUUUGGCUGAGUAGGCAUUAAAACACUGUGGGUGCGGUGAUCUCACAAUGACUACAGCGUGGAACGCAAUCUUACCCUGAAGGCAAAGCAAUUACAAUGAUAAUAUUAACUUAUAAAAUAAAAAUGGGAGGGGGGCUGUCCACUGGGAUCCACAAUAGUCUUUCUCGAGAGGUUCUUGUAAGGGGUAAUAGUAGUCUAGAAAACGUCUCCAUACGUCUCCAUACUUCACUAAAGGUUUGGGACUCAAGUGUCAAGAAAUACAGGACAUCUUUGACCCAGUGGGAGAACGAUGGCGUGACCCGUUGCUUCCAUCUCAAAAAGCCACGAUAAUUCCUCUGGUAUUAAUUCAAAGAGUUAAAAAAUUGGGUCCAGGUCAAAUUAAGCUGCAAAUAUGUCGCUAUAAGCUUUAAAAAUCCAAAAGGCGGAGAGUUUUGGCAGAGCCAGAACAUGUAAAACAAGUCUGCUGGCUGGCCUUUACCUUGAGGACAUAACGGUGGAUUUUUGCCAAUCUAAUAUUAGCGUAAUAAGCCCUGUGUACAACUUUUAGCUGUAUUAAGUUUGUUUAACAAAUGUAGAUUAUGUAUUUAUGAAGUCUAGAAUAGAUUCCCAUUGGCCAUCAGUUAUAACCACUCCACACCAAGUUCUGUGUCCCAGGGCAAUCUUACGUUUUGUAAUUUUUUUUUUUUAAACCAUUUAAACUCCAAAAUGGUAAGGUACACAUUUGUGUCUGAAAAGCAGAUAAUCUAGUAUUACUUGAAAGUAAAGGGUUGAAAACA